AUGGUGGCAUGCCAAUGCCAGGAAAGUGGUAUGCCACCGCUGGGUGGUGGUAUGCCCAUGCCAGGAAGUAGCAUGCCCCCACCCAGUGGAGGUAUGCCCAUGCCAAUAGGUGGUAUGCCCAUACCUAGUGGUAUGCCAGUGGGAGGAGGUGGUAUGCCACCUCCAAGUACUGGUAUGCCCAUGGCAGGAGGUAGCAUGCCUCCACCAAGCAUUGGUAUGCCCGUGGCAGGAAGUGGCAUGCCAACCACCAAGCAGUGGUAUGCCACUGUCAGGAGGACAUUAUCCACCACAACCACUCGGAGGUGGAUAUCCUCCUCCUGCCGCUUCUGCUGGUUAUCCUCCUGCUCCAUUGACAGGCCACCUGUGACACAUGGCACUGUUAAACCUGCUACUAACUUUAGUGCAGAAAAUGAUGCUGCUGCUCUUCGGAAUGCUAUGAAAGGAUUGGGUACUGAUGAAAAGGCUAUUAUUGUUGUGUUAACUAGACGUUCCAAUGAACAGAAACAACAGAUUAAAUUAAAAUUCAAGUCAAUGUAUGGCAAAGAUCUUAUUAAAGAACUUAAGAGUGAGUUAAGUGGUAACUUCAGGGAAGUUAUUUUAGGACUAAUGAUGAAUCCAGCUGAAUUUGAUUCCUACAAUCUUCAUAAAGGCAUUGAGGGUAUUGGGACAGAUGAAGAUGCACUUAUUGAAAUAUUAUGUUCUAGAAGUAAUGAGGAAAUACAAAAAAUUAAAAAACAAUACAAAGAAGAUCAUAAAGUGGAACUAGAGAAAGAUAUUCGAGGUGACACUUCAGGACAUUUUCGUAGACUGUUGAUAUCAAUGACAACAGCUGCUCGAGAACCAGAUGGUCCUAUUGAUAGACAGAAAGCAAGGCAAGAUGCACAGGUAUUAUAUCAAGCCGGAGAAGCCAAAUGGGGCACAGACGAAGCAAAAUUUAAUUCAAUUUUGUGUGCAAGAAGUUAUGCUCAUCUCCGUGUGGUAUUUGAUGAAUACUCCAAAAUAUCCCGUUAUGAUAUUGAGCAAUCUAUAUCACGAGAAAUGUCCGGAGAUUUAAAGAAUGCCAUGAUCACUAUUGUUAAAUGUGUCAGAGAUAAAUCAGGAUACUUUGCAGAGAGGCUUUACAAGUCAAUGAAAGGUUUGGGUACUGAUGAUAAAACAUUGAUUCGAGUUAUGGUAUCUCGUUGUGAAGUGGAUAUGGUUGAGAUCAAAUCAGCUUUCGAAAAAAUGCAUAGGAAAUCUUUGGAAUCCUUCAUCAAGGGAGAUACAAGUGGAGAUUACAAGAGAGCACUGCUAGCUUUAGCUGGAGAAUAUUGA